UUUCCUUCCAUUACAUGCACGGCAGCGCUGGUUUCUUGUGUUCAGGACAUAGUCCUACUUUACAGUUUCACGAACGCGUGACGUGAGACACUUUCUUAGCAUUCCUAGCGAAAUCUGGUACAGUAUGAAUAACGCUGAUUUCCGCAAGUUACUUGAGACGCCCCGUGCCGAACGGUGGGGUAACCAAACUCCAAGUAAUAAACCUGAUGCAUCUCCAAAGCCGAAACCAAAAGGGGAGCACAAGCCGCAUCGUCCUCAUGGCAAGCCUGGUUUCAAAAAGCCAGCUGACAAAAGCAACGCGGAAGAUGCUGAGGAUGAUGGAGCACCCAAGUAUCGCGACCGCGCCGAGGAGCGCCGUCGCGGCAAGAACCUUGACUACGAGGAUGCCAGCGCGGUCCUGUCUGCGCUGUCAGGCUCCGGCGGCGUGGGGGGGGACGCGGGCGGCGAUCUGGGCACCGUGGAUCUCUCCAAACUGAGCGAGGAGGAAACCAAGUACCUGGGUGGCGACAUGCGCUUCACUCACUUGGUGAAGGGUCUGGACUACGCGCUGCUGCACAAGACACGAACAGAAAUCACCAAGAAGAAGGACGAUGAUGGUGAUGGCGACGACGACGAGGGAAGGGCCGGUGGGGGGGCGGAUGCGGGCAGCAAGGCGGAGGCCGCCCGCGACGCCCAGGCUCGCGCCAACGCCCGCGCCAAUGCGGCAUCCGCGGCGGGGCGCAAGGAGGAGGUUCGCUUUACGGCCCCGCUGGCUCGCUCCGUGUUUAAUACGCUGUUCUCUGCACCGCGCGCCAAUGUACGGGAGAUGUACCUGCCGCGUCGUACGGCAUUUGUGUAUGACUUUGACAAUGAGGAUUCGUUGGAUACGGAUAUUCCCACCACGCUGCGCCGGCCGAAGAGCGAGUGCCCCCCGGCGGUGGAAACUCUCUUUGCGGGCAUGGACGACGCCGUACUGGACCGCAUCGCGCGCAUUCUGUCGUACGUCCGUACAACCGCGGACGGCAAGCGGCUCAAGCGGCGCGACCGCGACGCGUUCCUGGGUAUAAAGCACGACGUGGCCGCAGGCGGCCAGCAGGCGGUGCCCCCCACGGCAGUGGCGGCCCCUGCCCCCGGCGGCGCCACUGGGCGGGCGGCGGACGGCGGGUCCCGUCCCUCGGGUCCUGCAGAUGAGGACGACGACAUCUUUGGUGACGCGGGCACGGAUUACAAACCCACCAGCCACAAGACCGCCAAGGCCAAGGACGCGGCCGGCCGGGACCAAGGGGGUGGACACCGGCGGGGCGACGGCUCCUACUUUGAUUCCAGAGACACGAUGGCGGAUAUUCCCAUGCCUGGGACUAGCAUACGGCGGCCGGGGAUGGCGGCAGCUGCGGAGGGCGGCGACGACAUGGAUCUCGAAGAGGGGGAGAUGCCGCCACCGCCGCCGCCGCUGCCGCCGGCGCCGGCGCCAGGGGCAGCGGCGGGAGCCGGAGCCGGCGGCAUAGCUUUCGGCGCGCAGGCAGGGGCACAAUACGGUGCUGCAUACGAGGUGCAAGGGUAUGACCAGUACAAUAUGUACGGCGGUCAGCAGGGCUACGGCAUGGAUAGCAUGGCGGCGUACGGUGCUGGGCCGCAGUACGGUGCUUCGAUGUACGGCGCCGUCCAACAAGGCGCAAAGGUAACAGGUAACGCGUACGGCACUACGGAGGAGCCCAAAUGGCGCAGUCGACCCAAGGACGCCAAGGCUCGCGGCUUGGAUGCCGAGGCGGACGACGACGCCUAUGCGGAGUGCUACCCGGGCAUGGCUGGCUAUGUGGGCGCACUUGUGGACUCGGACGACGAGGGAGGGGACCUGAACCACAUGGAUUCCAAGCAGGCCAAGGGCAAGACGAGGGCUGACUUCGCCACGGAUGAGGAGUGGCAGCGGUACAAGGAGUCCAGGGAGACUCUGCCUCGAGCCGCCUUUCAGUACGGAGUCAAGCGGGCAGAUGGCCGGAAGAGCCACAAGGAGCUGGAGAAGGGCGCCGUUGUGGAGCAGCGGCAGCGGGAUCAGAAGCUGGAUGGCCAGCUGCGCAAGAUUGAGAGGCUGCUGCAGGACAAGGGACACGACCACGGGCAGGCGUUUGCACGCAAACCUAAGGAGAGCGAAACCGGAGCUGGAGGAGCUCCGGGGUCAUCCGCAUGUGCGUACGAGUGCCUGGGUUGCGCUGACUAGUGUACAGAGGAUAUACCAUGAGUUCACUGCUGCUGCACCCGGUAGGGAGGGAAUGUGCGUGAUUCCGUGUGAGUCCCGCCCGUGAGCCGUGCAGGUCGCCACAGCCUGAGGCGGACCGGGGCAUCUAUAAAGCAGCAGCAGCAGCAAUUGCCUUAGGUUAUAUUGUGGCUACUGUACGGCGGAGGCGACGUGCGCUUCUGCUCCUGAAAUUUCUUGAUUGGACCAAAAUUUGCGCUUUUGUGAUUCGAGGCCGAGGAAGCCCUCCGCAGGCGACUUCGUUGCAACUGGGGCUUGCACCUGCUGAAAGUUAAUGGAAGUCCGAAUCCGUUCCAGGUUGGUUGGUUGGCCGUGAUGAGGAGACAUUUGGCGACACAGCGACUUUGACAUUCGACCGAAUACCUAUUCGACCACCAAUCGAGGAAUUCGAGGAAAUCAAGCCCUGCCGCGCUUGAGCUCAGUUGCUAUAAGGUCCCGUG